ACGGAGGCACCGCCCUCUCCCUUCUGCCGGGCUUACCGUCCCCCCGCUCGGCUGUUUCCGCCGCCGGCAACCGCAGCGCUUCGGCCCCGCUCGGCUCUUUCCGCCGCGGCGGGCUGCCGCCCUCGGUUCCGCGCCCGCCCAGCCCUGCCCAUGUCGGACGUGCCGCCCGCCGCCGGCUCCCGCCUCCAGCCCCCGGCCGGCGCUGCGCCCCGGCUCCCCUCAGAAAAUGAAGACUCAGCCCGAAAGACAGAGCCUGCAGAUCAGCUGGUUGAUCCUUUGGAGUCCAGUGCUUCACAGAGCAGGUCGCAGAUUGGGUCCAUCGUGAGUGCGGGCGCGACAGAGGACUCGAAGGAAGAGGCUGGCACUUUGGAGGACCGGGAAGUGGCUGAAGUCGAAGAGAAGCUGCCUGACGAAAUCCAGUCCCUCAAAGAGGAGGCUGCUGUUCGGAUAAGCAACUACCAUGUACUUCAAGGAGCAGGGGAUAUAGUAAUGAUUCAGUCAGAUCACACUGGUGCUGUGGAUAUCCUUUCAGCUGAGCUGGAGACUGCAGACCUCCUUGGGGAGCAGAGGAAAGCUCAGCCUCCCCCUCUGGCUCCCCCCACCAUGUGGACCACUGAGAAGACGAAGGAAUUCAAAGCCAGGAUGGGAAAGGAGAAGAAUGGCCGGAUGGUGGUGAAGCGAGGCGAGGUGGUGACAGUCCGCGUGCCAACCCAUCCCGAUGGGAAAUGCAUUUGCUGGGAGUUCGCAACAGAUGACUACGACAUUGGAUUUGGAGUCUAUUUUGACUGGACCACAGUUACCAGCACUGCCAUUACUGUUCAGGUCAGCGAAUCCAGUGAUGAGGAGGAUGAAGAGGAAGAGGAGGAAAUUGAAGGUCUCGCCCCUGUUGGUGAUGUGGAAAGGGGCUCCAAAAGCUAUCUGCGGAACCGCUACGGGGAGAUCAUGCCUGUGUAUCGGCGCAACAGCCAUCGGGAGGUGCAGGCAGGCAGCCACGAGUACCCGGGCGAGGGCAUCUACCUGCUGAAAUUUGAUAACUCGUACUCUCUCCUCCGCAAUAAGACUCUGUUCUUCCACGUCUACUACACCAGCUGAAGCAGCGGGAAGGGGCAGGGACGGCAGGCAGGUAAUGGUGAGCGUAGCAGGCUGCCACCCAGCCCUGGCACCGCUUGAUGGGCACUGCUGUGUGACAGAACCAAGGCACAAUUCUGCCGGCUCCUCUUCAGACACUAACUGGUUUCUCCCUACACCCUCUUUCCCCGCUCUCCCAGUGGAGAAAGGUAAUUGUGACUGCCUGGUUGUCCACGGGCAGCUGCUUUCUGUAAAACUUCAGGAGGUCUGCUCUGUGCAGGCAUCGGGCUGGGCCUUUGUUUCCCAGCUGGUAAAUGCCCAGAGGCCAGGUUCAGGUGCUCGUGGUUUCGAUCUGUUGCACUGGUACGAAAUGAAGUGAAAAUAUUCUUGAUCUGUUACUAUUUUUGUGAAUAACUUUUUCCAACUCUCCUGCUGCAUCUGCAUCACUAGAGGGCAGCUGUCAGCUGCAGUGAGCCAAAAGCACAGCUGGCUUGUCACCUAGCCACUGAUAAUCUUGUCACCUACCACCAUUACAUGUCACCAGCAGCCAGUGCUUCCCUCACUCCUGUGGUUGAGGGUGCAGCUGGCCAGUAGCCCUUGCUGCGGUGGCUAUGCCAUGCUAUGAUGGGCAGGCCCCAAACAGCAGCCAUGGCAUAUGUUUGAACAGGGGUGGGGGUAAGGGUGCACACCUAGAAGUCCUUAAGAAGGUGUUCCUACACAUUAAGAAUUGUGUGUAUGCCUGUUGGUUGUAGGGAUACAUAAAUGAUUAAAACUUCAGUGACCACCAAGAGGUUUUUUCUGUAAUCCAGAUGUGAAGCAGAAGAAAUUGCUUACUGCUGUGCUGAAUAAAGCUUGGAGUACAACCAAUAAAUAUACAGGAAAUGUUUCCCAGAAGCAGCAUGUUGGUUCACUAGUAUUGCUGCCGGCUGGAUAAUACCAUAUGUAGCAAGGAAAAGGCUCCCCAGAGAAGUGUAGCUUGUCAGCUGCUAUUGCUGUUGCAAAGGUAUUGUUAGAAAAGAACAUCUCUGCUCAGAAACUCGGAAGGUGUGGGAUUUAACCAAUCCUUUCUGUGAAACAGAAUCAGCAAGGCCGUUGCUGACCCCGACCGCAUGGUGCAGGACGGAGUUCCUUGGCAUGUUUGGGUGGCUAGCGAUGGCAUUGGUGAUCAAGUACUGGCAGAGUUGAGCAAGGAUUAAGUUAAUCCUUCAGAGAUGAAUUUUAAAUCAUGUUUAUCUGUAACUGUUGUUUAUUUUAAUAUUUUUAACUUGAAAUCAUUCUCUUUUCUAAGAAUACUGCUGUAUUUACAUUUUGAUACCUCUUUGCAGAGACACAAAAUGGCUGUUUGCAUGGUGAUUCUAGUAGAGUUCUGAAUUUUAUUUUUAAAUCCUCCAGGAAAAGCACCUCUAAUUGGUCCGUUCCUUCUAUUGAGAGGGAAUAAUGGACAAAAUGAUUCUGGGGUAGUUAAAGCCAAAGAUUUCACUCUCGUAGGAGGGCUGCAUAUUUCCUAUUAAGGCUAUAUCGUAAUGCUGUGCAAUUUGCUCCAUAUUCAAGCUCUUAACUAUCUCUGCUUACUUAUUCACUGCCCCAGAGCACUUAGUAGGUCAAAAAUGAUAGGAGAGAGCAGUCAGUCUGCAGUGGAGCAGGUCAAGCUGGGAGCAGGGGGAGCGGAAAUGCAAAGACCACUGGUUGGAGCACGGUGGCUUUCUGGGUGAGUAGGCAGGGACCAGAGCUGGCCAGGGUUAAAGGAGCAGAGUUGUUGCUGCUUUGUGCCCUGAGAGGGGGAGAAAACAGCUGCCUUUCUCGAGAGCGAGCACACACUUGGGCUGGGGGGGAGCUGCAAAGCUGCCUUAUUCAAGCAGGGGCAACAAGAAGACAACCUUGCAGGUAAACAGAAUAGGCUUGGUAUCUGUCAGAGUAAGAUGCUCUUUCAUUUAGCUGCUUGGGGAGGACUAUUCCUUCUUUUAGCCUCUCUUGUGGAAGGUGAAGGACCAUCCUGUGGCCUUGGUACAGCACUUGAAUCAGGCCUGAACAACUUGGGUAAGGCUCUCUCCCUCUUUUUUUCCCAUCCUUUGUCUAUCAAAUUCCUGGACACUAAACAGAAGAAGGUAGAAAAGGCCCUUCAGUCUGAGCACAAUGUCAGCACUGCCCCACUCGAUGACUGCCUUUGGCCCUUUGCUGGGAGAUCAGAGAACCCUGCGCGCACUUGCUGGUUAAUGUAUGAUGCCCUGUCUUUCAUCCACUCCACUUUCUAAUUAGGAUUUAUUUACGAUGAAGGCAACUCUGACCUGUACAUACAUUAGAUAUUUCAGAAUUAUUGAUCCUCAGUUGCAUGGCUUAUUGCAGGCUGGUGGGUUUUCUCCACUAAAAAACUGUUUGCCUUAUAGUGUGGCCUCCCUGUUGCUAACUCGCAGCUACUUCCCCUUCCUGUCUGUUUGUUGCUCGUAUUAAGCUUCAAAAUACAUUUUGUCAUGUUGUAAGAAGUUAAUAAGGCCCAACUCACAACCAAUUUUGAUCACUCACUGACACGUAAAUGCUAUGUGCCAGUUUUCAAGCCAUUAGUUAGUGGUUUUAGUUAAGUUGCUCUGUAGGUGGUAGUCCUGUUGCUCAGUUACAGCUUUCUGAAGUGUGGACCAACCUUUAACGAGGCUCAGGUCACUUGUUUGGAACCGUCCCUGUCUCUGUGUCUCAUUGACUUAAGCCCAACAGCAGCAUUGAACGUGGUACUUCAUCCUGAUCAGCGUGUGCCUGGUCUACACACGCAGUGUGCCCAUAGAUGGGCCUGCCACGGUGACGCUGACAGCGCUCGGUGUGUGUUAUUUCUCCACUUCAGUUUCCCAGAAGUAUGUGGUAUCUCUCAUGAACACAAGAUAGUUUUAGGCACAGAAUAUUUCAUGUGCAGGAAACACAAGCUCCACAGCUGUACAGGAUAAUUCUUCUUUUGUUUUGUUUUUUUUUUUUAAUUUCCAUAUUACGUGAGUGUGUUGUUUCUCAGGUAUUCAGAUAGCAUUCAUUAUCCAAGUGACAACUUCUCUUUGGAAGGAUAGUCUUUAUUCAUUUUCUGAUAAAUCCAAUAGCUUGGCUGUGUGGCUGGUGAUUAACAAUAGCCAUUCCCAUUAAAAAUAGAACCUGUAAUUGGUUCAAAGAAGUGUCUUAUUUCUCAUGCAUCCUUUUUAUUGUAGUUCAAACUAUCUCCUGGAUUUGUAUCCAAUCCUGCAGUCUGGCUGAGGCAGUUAUGGAAACUCUCAUAAUUUUAAUUAGAGACCUUUGGAAAUAGACUGUGGGUCUAAAAAGACAAAUGAAUUAAAAAGGCAGUUGUACUUCAGAGAGGAAAAUUAAUCCUCAAGAAAGGAAAAUUCCUUCUUUGUUUCUGUGGAAGGAAGACUUCAGAUAAGUUUUUAAAAUGUGUUUCUUCUCCCUGUAAAUUGUCUAGAAAUUCAAAAAGCUAAAUCAAGGAAGAAGCUUCUUUUGUAUUUUGGGUUUGCUUUUGAGAAAGCACAAAAUUGUUUUCCAUUUUGUUUUGAAUAUAAUUUAGAUCUAGAAAUACGAUUUACAUAUUCAGCCAGAGAUAUAAGACAGUCCUGUAGUGCAGGACUUGUAUAAAAAUUAGUUUGUAUAGUUUUUUAUUUAUAAUAAUGUUGAGAAUCUGGGCAUUUUUUUAUGCCAAAGAAGGUCAUAUGCUCUCCAUCGUUUUCUCUUUUUCCCCCCUUAUGUGUAAUGUAGCAGCAGGAGUUUAAAAUGUAUGUUUUACUGAGGACAGAGACUUAAAAUGGCUUAAAUCCGGGACCACUUGUACUGAUUUAAUUUACUCAUAAACCCUUUGGAGGCCUGUAACAUAGAUUCUUGUGAAAGGUGAUCAGUGUCAGACAUGAGCUAGUUGUAAAUGAAUGCUUGGGACCCAUGUAAUAGUUACACAGAUUAUUAUCGGUAAUGAGCCAUUUACAUGGACAGCUAAGAUGCAGAAGAGAAGGAGCUCAGUUGUCUGACUUCAGCUGCUAAGAAGAAAGUGGUGUUACUGUGCAACCUGGUCUCAAAGACAGCCCCAUGUCUUUCUUUUUGGCUCUACCCCCCGUGCACUUGUCUUCUUGUAACUGUGUGUGCAUGUCACCUUCUUCUGUGGGCCAGCCAUCCUGGUGCAGGGCCUGGCAGGUGGGUUAGAAGGGAACCUUGUCACAUCUCUCGUUGCUGAAAGAUACUCAUUACUGUGGGGAAUUAGGGUUGAGAAUGAAUCCCUAAAUGAGUUCACUUUUAUCCCCAAUGCUUUUACCCUUCCUUCUUGUCUCACUACCCCUACUAGAGCUACUCCACAGAGGAUUUAUCACAAGGUGCCUUAGGAAUAAGGAGCAUGUUUGAAAUAAGAGCCAUAGAUGUCAUUAAUCCAAGGCAUUCCUUCUCCUUGUUUCUCCACCCAUUUGGGUAGAGGGGAGGCACUUCCUAAGGUCAGGCAAGGAAAGCCCCUGUAGGCUGUUCCUGGAGAUUUAAGCUGUUCAUUAGGCUGCCUUCUUGCUGUAAGAUGAGUAGUAGAAUGGUGUUAGAGUUUCCUGGUCUUUGCCUCUUGAAAUCAUAUGCUGCUGUUAGAUAUCGAGGAACACCAGAGAACCACUCCUUUUGAUAUGCUGAUGCUAAACCUGAGGACCAGAGCAACACUAGAUAGAUAUAGAAGAGCUUUCCUUGUGACCAUUCAUUGUUUUCUCUAAAAAGAGUGUCCAAAUCCAGUGUUGUGAGUGGUGUGUGCUGAUGUGCAUUGAGGCUGGAUAAGAGACCAAAGCAACAAAGUAUUUUUUUGAUCUACAAAUGUGAAAGAAAAGACUGUUUCUCCUAUUCUCUUAUCUGGGAAAAUAAUGGAUGUGACAGUGUCAUGUAAAUGUAGCAGACCAUCUUGAUUGGUAGAAUGGAAAGAACUGAUCACGUUAAAUACAUUGGCAAAUUAGACUGUGAAAUAAACCAGGAGUUUAGCAGGAAUCAAAGUGCUACGUCAUUUAUCUAAAGAAGUGGAUUUGCCAUAAAUGCCAAAUAAACAAAGUUUUGGAAGGUACAUAAAACUACAGAGUUCAAGUACAUCUUGCUAGGAGGAUCAUUUUCUGUGGGGUUAUUCCACGUUUGCCUCCAAAGUGUCUCUGACAACUUAUUCUGAACCACUGGUACUGUUGCAGGUGAAGACACAUCAUCAGGCUGGGCAGAUGAUGGGUCUGACUCCCCUUGGCUUUUUUGCAUUCUGUUCUGGAUUUUACAUGUUGCUUCCUCAGAAGCUUCAUCACAAGAAAGGUACUCAUUAUCAGUCGGGGAGAGAGGAUAAAUUUUGUGAUCCACCAGUGAGGGUUAUCUGGUUUAAGCCCAUCUGGACUGGUGAGUCAUGUCCCUUGGGCAAGAAGCUGGCUGCCCACCAUUAAGCUCCUAAGGAGCCUUUGCCAAGUAAUGACCUUGAUGUUUAGGAGCUGCAUUUUGAAAUUCUAAAUAGCAGGAGAUGGUCUCCCUGCAACCUCCAGGAUGCCCUGGUGACUGCUCUCCUCCAAGAGAAGCAGUCUGCUCUCAACUCACUGCUCCAAGCUGCUAGCACAGACUUUCAAUGGGGAGCAUCUUGUAGCUGGUCAUAUCUCUUUCAGAGCUGUAUUCUUGUGAACUGCAAUGGUUGUCUGUCAGUCCUUAUCGAUGUGAUGUGUGAAUAUUUUUCAUGUCCUGUGAUUUCAAAAUUGAGUUCUCGGCGCCAACCGUUUGCUUUUCCUGUCCUCCCAAGAUAGGAGCUUUAAAUGGAGGAGAGGGUAUUUUAACAAGAUGUGGCACUGAACCUCUUGCUGAAGGGCACAUAUGAAGACUGUAUUUAUAGUGUGCUUGCAUUCCUUCUACGCUUGGUUUGUAUUGUUUAUAUUUGAUGUGUUGUGGCUGAUUUGUAAUAGCAUAUCGUAACUUACACCCUUUAAAUAAACUUUUCACUAUGCAA